AUGUCCGCCACCGAUGCCAACCAAGUUCAGGAAUCUUUGGAAAAGCUUAACCUUGACUCAGCUCCAGUUGAAGAGCCAGCUCCAAGUGCAGCUUCAGGUGAGCAAGAUGAGCAGUCAGAGAGUGCUCAGCUCUCUGACUCUUCGGCAUCUUUGUACGUUGGAGAAUUAGCUCCAUCAGUUAAUGAAGCUAUCUUGUUCGAAAUCUUUUCGCCAAUCGGUCAGGUUUCGUCAAUUAGAGUUUGUCGUGAUGCUGUUUCGAAGAAAUCUUUGGGAUAUGCUUACGUAAAUUAUAAUAAGCUUGAGGAUGGAGAGAAAGCAAUUGAGGAAUUGAAUUACACUCCAAUUGAUGGUCGUCCAUGUCGUAUCAUGUGGUCUCAAAGAGAUCCAUCCAUGAGAAAGAACGGUGAUGCCAAUAUAUUCAUCAAGAACUUGCAUCCGGCUAUUGAUAACAAGGCGUUACAUGACACCUUUUCAGCUUUCGGAAAGAUUUUAUCCUGUAAAGUUGCCACAGAUGACAUGGGAAUGUCUAAAUGCUUCGGUUUCGUUCACUACGAAAGCCCUGAAGCUGCUCUGGCUGCUAUUGAGAAUGUCAAUGGAAUGUUGUUGAAUGAUCGUGAAGUCUAUGUCGGCAAACAUAUUUCCAAGAAGGAUCGUGAAUCAAAGUUCGAAGAAAUGAAAGCUAACUUCACAAACAUUUACGUUAAGAACAUUGAUUUGGAUUAUUCAGAGGAAGACUUCGAGAAUUUAUUCUCUCCUUACGGUAAAAUCACCUCUAUAUACUUGGAGAAAGAUGCUGAAGGGAAUUCUAAAGGUUUCGGUUUUGUCAAUUUUGAGAACCAUGAAUCUGCAGUCAAGGCUGUUGAAGAAUUGAAUGAUAAAGAUAUCAACGGCCAAAGUAUUUACGUUGGUAGAGCUCAAAAGAAGAGGGAAAGAUUAGAGGAAUUGAAGAAGCAAUACGAAAACACCAGAUUAGAAAAAUUAUCUAAAUAUCAAGGCGUAAACUUAUUCGUUAAAAAUUUAGACGAUACUAUUGAUUCUGAGAAGUUGGAAGAAGAAUUUAAACCAUUUGGUUCGAUUACUUCUGCCAGGGUAAUGGUUGAUGAAACUGGUAAGUCUAAGGGAUUUGGUUUCGUCUGUUUCUCGUCUCCUGAGGAAGCAACUAAGGCUAUCACUGAAAUGAACCAACGUAUGGUUCUCGGAAAGCCAUUAUACGUUGCUUUGGCUCAACGUAAGGAUGUUAGACGUUCUCAAUUGGAGCAGCAAAUCCAAGCUCGUAAUCAAAUGAGAAUGCAAAGUGCUGCUGCUACAGGUGCUCUCCCGGGUCAAUUAUUUCCACCUAUGUUCUAUGGCCAACAGCAAGGCUUCUUUCCACCAAAUGGAAGGGGCAAUGGCCCAUUCCCAGGCCCUAGUCCUCAGAUGAUGAUGCCUAGAGGUCAAAUCCCACCCCCACAAGGGCAAUGGCCGAGACCAGGUCCAAAUGGUCAACCUGUACCAGUUUACGGUAUUCCACCAGUUUAUAACGAAUUUGCUAAUGGACCUAACCGUCAGCAAAGGGGUUAUUAUCCUAACCGUAACCAAGGUAAGGGUCGUCAACAAAGGGACUUAGCAGCAAUCAUAGCUAGCGCCCCGGUUGAUCAACAAAAGAGAAUCUUGGGAGAAGAACUUUAUCUUAAGAUUGUUGCUACAGGUAAGGCUCAAGAACCUGAAGCUGCUGGUAAGAUUACUGGAAUGAUGUUAGAUUUGGAUAACCAAGAAAUUUUAGCUUUAUUGGAGGACGAUGAUUUAUUCAAUAACCAUUUCGAGGAUGCUUUAACUGCUUUCGAAGAAUACAAGAAGUCAUCUGAAGCUGCAAAUACUUCUGAAACUCAAGCUUAA